UCCAUAUAUGAUCACUUCCUGUUCACUGGUUGAUAAAAACAACAAGAUGGCGACGGACAAAUGGUUGAAACUAGAGGCUUGAAAGCAUCAAAUGAAUACGUCCUCUUCUUAAAGUCUGUGUGUUGUGUUUUCUCAGCCAGUUGUUCAGAAUGUGGACCAGGAUACCGAAGCCCACUGGACGCCAUGAAAGGCCGUCGGGAGGAGAUCGUCUACCUGCCCUGCAUCUACCGCAACACUGACGUCCUGAAACCGGACUAUCUGGCCACCGUGGACGUGGAUCCGAAGUCUUCCACCUUUACUCAGGUCAUCCACCGGCUGCCGAUGCCGAACCUCCAUGAUGAGCUGCACCACUCCGGCUGGAACGCCUGCAGCAGCUGCUUCGGCGAUGCCUCCAAGAAGAGAAACCGUCUGAUCCUCCCGUCGCUCAUCUCCUCCAGAGUCUAUGUGGUCGACGUCGGGUCGAAUCCCAGAGCGCCUCAGAUCCACAAGGUGGUGGAGCCUGUCGAUAUGUACUGGAAGUGCGACCUGGCGAACCCUCACACCACUCACUGUCUGGGCAACGGUCAGAUCAUGAUCAGCUGUAUCGGAGACCCGUCUGGCAACGGCAAAGGUGGUUUCGUCCUGCUGGACGGUGAGACGUUCGAGGUGGUCGGUAACUGGGAGCACCCAGGUGAAGCCGCGCCUUUUGGAUACGACUUCUGGUACCAACCUCGACACAACGUGAUGAUCAGCACUGAAUGGGGUGCACCCAAAGCUCUGGCUAACGGUUUUAAUCCCGCACAUGUCAAAGAAGGACUCUAUGGCAGCUCCAUCCAUGUUUGGGACUGGACCACCCACAGGAAGCUGCAGACCCUAGAUCUGGGGGAGGAGGGGGCCAUUCCCCUCGAGAUCCGAUUCCUUCAUGACCCCGAUGCCACAGAGGGCUACGUGGGAUGUGCUCUGAACUCUGUGGUCUUCAGAUUCUACAAAACACCAAAAGGUGACUGGGCUGCAGAGAAAGUGAUCAAUAUUCCCAGUAAGAAGGUAGAGGGAUGGGUGCUACCUGAGAUGCCUGGUCUGAUCACAGACAUCCUGAUCUCGUUGGAUGACCGUUAUCUCUACUUCAGCAACUGGCUCCACGGUGACAUCAGACAGUAUGACAUCACAGACAGGAGGAACCCACGAUUGGUCGGCCAGGUGUUUCUGGGAGGAAGCAUCGUCAGUGACGGUCCUGUCAGAGUCCUGGAAGACCCGGAGAACCAGCAGCAGCCCCGCCCACGCUUCAUCCAGGGGAGGCGUGUCCCUGGAGGUCCUCAGAUGUUACAGCUGAGUUUAGACGGUCGGAGACUUUAUGUGACGACGUCUCUCUACAGCGGCUGGGACAAACAGUUCUACCCCGAAAUGGCCAAAGAGGGCUCCGUGAUGAUGCAGAUCGAUGUGGACUCAGUGGAUGGGGGUCUCUCUGUGAAUGAGAACUUCCUGGUGGACUUCGGUAAAGAACCCGGAGGUCCGUCUCUGGCUCACGAGCUCCGUUACCCUGGAGGAGACUGUACGUCUGACAUCUGGCUGUAGAGACCUGAGACCUGAUCCCGACCACCUGAGACCUGAUCCCGACCACCUGAGACCUGAUCCCGACCACCUGAGACCUGAUCCCGACCACGUGAGACCAGAACCAGACCACCUGAGACCUGAACCAGACCACCUGAGACCUGAUCCCGACCACCUGAGACCUGAACCAGAGACCACCUGAGACAUGAACCAGACCACCUGAGACCUGAUCCAGAGACCACCUGAGACCUGAUCCAGACGCCACCUGAGACCUGAUCCAGAAACCACCUGAGACCUGAUCCAGAAACCACCUGAGACCUGAUCCAGGUGGACACAUUCUGUUCCUCAUUCAUAGAACCCGAAUAGGUUCCGGUUUAAAUGUUCUGGUGAAACUGUUAAAAAGUUCACUGUGAGUGUGAUCUGUCUUUAAAACUGACCUGCAGCGCCCCCUGCUGCUCACUCUGUUAACACACAGUGUUUAAAUAAAGUUCAAUUUGAAGCCUC